AUGUUCAAUACGGCAAUAGAUCAUCACCGUUCUGAUGGCCUUAAUAUAACAGUUUUUGAUAAAAAAUGGGAAACUAAAACUACAUUAACCAUUAUUAUUCUUGUUGUUAUCAUACCAACGGCGUUUGCACUUCUAUUAUGUAUAUUGACCUAUUGUAUAUAUCGUUAUAAUAGGAGAAGGAAUGAAGCAACAGGUUUAGGAAUGCGUACACAAUUUCCUGCACAACAUUCAUCACAAUUUCUGAUAGAAGAUUCACCACCAGCUUAUGAUUCAAUUUCAGAAAUUAAAAAGCAACUUCCAACUACAAAUGAGAGUGAAAGUUCUGCUCCACCACCGCCAUCUUACACCGAACUUGUAUGGCCAUCGAUAUGA